AUGGCUGCUUCAUCAUUAACUGCUGAACAACUCAAACGGAUUGAACGUAAUCGAGCAGAAGCUAUGCGACGAAUGGCUUUACGGCAGCAACGAGAAAAAGAACUGGAAAAAGUGGAUAAUGCUUGUUCCGUCACUGAUAAUACCUCAAAAGUACAAAUGAUAUUACAGCCGAAACAUUCAUCCAAUAAGAUAUCUGUUACAGUUCAAGAUGGAAACAGUCCUUUACAGAUGUUUACUGGAAAAAGUUAUGAUGAGUCCAAAUUUCCUCUAGCUACAUUCGAUCAGUCAUUAUCAUCUACGAAGUAUGUCAUAACAUAUCGUGAUGAGCAGCAACCAUCCACAUCUACUCUAUCCGUUCCAUCGAAAAUUGAAACGGAUCAUAAACAAUUGCACGUAUCACCGUUAUCACCUAUUAAACGACCUCCUGUUGUCACAGCUGUUCAUCUUAAGCAGACUGUUGUCAGUGUUAUCUUCAAGCUUAUCAAUUCUAAAUCUUUCCAGGUGCAAUUCACUCCAUUCAGUCCUUCAGUUGUUUCCAUUCUGAAGGCAAUUCCAUCUAAGGUUUACCUUCCUGAAAUAAAAGCUUGGUCAUUUCCUUUAGAAGAUAUCUGUACAGUCGAAAAAGCCUUGCAAUCACUAGAUGAUGUCUCAUUAGAAAUUGAGAAAUUUUCGGAUCAUGUCGUUAAGACACUGUUAACUUAUGGUAAAUCAAAUGUUGGCCUGAAUGAACCCAAUCUUGAAAAACACAUUGAAAAAACAUUGGUUGAUGCGCUUUUUCCAUAUCAACGUCGAGGUGUAAUGUAUGGUGUAAUGAAAAGAGGUCGAUUACUUUUAGCAGAUGAAAUGGGUCUCGGUAAAUCAAUCCAGGCUCUUGGUAUUGCUCGCAAUUGGAGAGUUUUUUUACCGGAUGUUGAUGAGAUCGUCAUCAUUGAAAAAGGAAGCGAUCGCUUACCAGUGAAGAAAACCAAGCAAACGGUGGUAAUCAUGAGUUAUGAUUUGAUGGUUUCCAAACAGUCUCAUCUUGUUGAAUACGAUUUUAAAGCAAUCAUUUUUGAUGAAUCACAUCUGUUGAAAGAUAGUAAUGCUCAAAGGACCAAAGCUGCGACGAAUAUUUCAAAAAAGGCAUUACGAAUUAUUUUGCUGACUGGAACCCCAGCUCUUUCACGUCCAGUAGAACUAUUCAGCCAGAUUCGUAUCAUCGAUUCUAAAAUGUUCCCAAAUUACCGUGAUUUUGCAAUUCGAUACUGUGAUGGCAAGCGAGGAAAAUAUAGCUUUGAAGCGAAAGGCUGUACAAAUAGUGACGAAUUAGCAAUAAUCUUAACCGGUAGUGUCAUGUUGAGGAGGUUGAAAAAAGACGUCUUAAAUGAUCUUCCGGUGAAAAGACGAGAAGUUGUUAAUCUGACGGAUGAUUCUAUUUACGCAAAUAUUAGUAAACUGCGGGAAGCGAAGGCUGCAUAUAGUGGCGCUAAGGAUAAUGAUACAAAACAUCAACGACUGGUUGAGUAUUAUUAUGAAACAGGAAUUGCUAAAGCGAGGAGUGUUGCUCGAUAUAUUAUUGAUCAUUAUUUUUACGAUGGUGCACCAAAAAGGAAGUUGUUGAUCUUUGCUCAUCAUCAGGUCGUCUUGGAUAUGAUAUCAAUGGAUGUGGCCAAAAAAGUGAUUAAGAUGACAAAUCAUUUAUCAUCUUAA